CCCAGAGUGGAAAGAAGGAAGAGUCGAUCGACCUCCUCCACCCCUUCUCUCUCCAAGCCAACUAUCUCCUUCUUCUCCCUCUCCAAUUCACUGCCCAACUCUAUCACCAAAGACCCUUGUCUCAAAAGAAAAGAAGUCAAAGGAAGCCACAAGCAAACGUAUAGGCUAAAAAGUGCGAGUAAGUUUAUACUUGCUCUAGACUUUUAUGCCCAAUUCGCCGCGUCUACUGCGGUUGCAAACCUUUUCGUUCAUAUUUUUCGGCAACAAAAGGAGAAGUUACACUACGCUGAUAGAUUCAGGCAGCUUUAUCCUGUCGUUCCCUGGGAAGCGCAGCAUUUAAACUUUAAAGAGAAGUGGUUUCCAUGGCCUACAAGAUCGAGUGAUAUCGAAAUAGGCUGAAAGAUUGAUAUUGAUAGCUCCGUACGGUGGACUUAUUUCUCCUCUUGUUAUUAUCUCUCAUGAGGCUGCUGGAAAUUCUGAACCAGGUGUGGUUUCCGAGAAUUCCUCCGGCGGGCUGCCGGCCGGUCGGUAGGUCGAUACUUCCGAUGGGCUCCUUCCCGGUGCGUGCUCGGAAGGGCAAGGUGGUGGUGGUGAUGGGCGCGACCGGCACCGGGAAGUCGAGGCUGGCGAUCGACCUGGCGGUCCGCUUCGGCGGGGAGGUGGUCAAUUCCGACAAAAUGCAGCUCUACGACGGCCUCGACGUCGUCACCAACAAGGUCACCGACGAGGAGACCCGCGGCAUCCCUCACCACCUCCUCGGCGGGGUCCCGCCGGAUGCCGACCUCACCGCAUCGGACUUCCGCCUUGCGGCCGGCAGUGCGACCAACUCGAUCGCGCAGCGCGGGUGGGUGCCCGUCGUCGCCGGGGGCUCGAAUUCGUACAUCGAGGAAUUGAUCGACGGGGCGGGGAGGGAGUUCCGGUCGAGGUACGCGUGCUGCUUCCUGUGGGUGGACGUGCAGCUCAAGGAGCUGCACCGGUUCGUGGGGGAGCGGGUGGACCGGAUGGUGGAGCGGGGGCUGGUGGAGGAGGUGCGAGGGGUAUUCGACCCCGAGGCGGACUACGGGAGGGGUAUUCGGAAGGCGAUCGGCGUGCCGGAGAUGGACCGCUACCUGCGAGCCGAGGCGGAGGGGGCCGACGAGUGGACAAAGGCGAGGCUUCUGGAGGCGGCGAUCGACGAUAUCAAGGCCAACACCUGCAAGCUCACCUGCUGCCAGCUGCAGAAGAUUAACAGGCUGCGCACGCUGCCCGGCUGGGAUGUGCACCGCGUCGACGCCACCGAGGUCUUCCGCAAGCGAGGAGAGGAGGCGGACCGGACCUGGGACGAGCUCGUGUGCAGGCCCAGUCUCGAGAUCGUCGGAGAAUUUUUGAACCAAAAGGAGAAGGUAGAAGAGAGAGAGGAGGGACAGGAAGAAGCUUAUUUUGUUGCCAGCAGCGGCAGGAAGGAGGGGAAGAGCGUGUUGACCAAUGAAACAGUGGUGAGAACGGGCGGCGCCGCUGCCGCCGGGGCAGCGGCCAAGCUGGCCUCGGCCGUGGUUGUGGGGGCCACGGUGUGAGAGCCGUAGAGGUCGGGCCCACGGCACGUGUGGGGGGACCCAGGGUGGGCACCGCACGGGCGCAAGUGGGUGUGUGGAGUGCAGGUGGGUUGCUUUCAGAGCCGUUAAUGGUUCCCUAAUAUGUAUUAAUAUAUAUAUAGAGAGCGAGAAGUGCUGAGGUCGUACAGGGCCGGUGUCCGUCCGCAUCGGCCCAUUCCGAGGGUCGCACGCGCGGGUCUCCGUACGUUGUGCGGCCGCACUGAGCUAGUGUAACUAAUAAAUUAUAAUGGAUGGCCACGACAUUUGCGUUUUUUCUCA